GUACCGUCACCUACAACUCCUUCUAUGAUCUUACUUGUAAUUUAAGCAGUCUUUGCUCUGCGCAGAGCCAGCCAUUACUCCGUACAGUAUGUGCUACAGUUAUCGAUUCGGGAUUCUCCACCGUAUGCGGCUUUAAUGCAGGGAUCGUUCAUUGCCAAGAACGAAAACCCAGGCUUCGGAAAGGAUUACGGUAGCCGUUGACCAGAGCUCGCUGGAGACAUGGCAACGGCGUCGCUCCCUUUCAUCUUCAUUCCUUCUUCUUUAACUUACUCUACUGUACCAAACUUCUCUCAUCGGGAUCUUCAUCCCCUCCCUCACCGAAUUGUUUGUUCCUUGUUUUCUAUCCCACAUACCGGUAACUUUUGUUACACCAACUCCUUUCUCGUCACGAGGCAACCAGUUACACUUGCACCCUCCACACCCCUUUCUUGUUCCCUAACCCCAGUAGACGAAUAAAACCCCACCUCACACCCCAUGUCUUCAGCUUUCCGUUCCGUCUCCUGCAGGGUCGCCUCAAAUCUUCAAUACUCUGUCCGCAGCUGCCCCGCAGCACUCACAAGACGACACCUUCGUUUUCAACCUAGAAACGUUCAGUCUUCGUCAAUUCCUUCUACAUUUCGCAGAGUCCCAGCAAGAAAUUACGCGACAGGUCCCGGAAAGGGAGGGGAAACCGCCGGCUCUAAGAACCCGUUCCCUGUCAUCCCGCUACUUGUCAUCCUUGCUGUCGGUAGCGGAGGAUUCUACUUUCUUGUGCAGAGCCGUAAGGGUUUGUUUAUCAUUGGUAUAACCACGUUAUUUGUCAGCAGACUGAUACAAUGUUAGAGCCGAUGCCUGCCAUCGAGGAGCCAUCGAGGAAGCCUAGGCUGACAGCCGGGGAUGUAAAGAAGCCGGCUUUUGGUCCGGGUGAAGUUUCGGUUAUCUUUGUUCUUGGUCUGUUCUUAGGGUCCUUACUCUCGCAGAAGGGUGACAAGGCGAGAGCGAUUGAUAUUGUGGGUUGCUGACGGUGGUUUAGGUGGGCCGGGGGCGGGAAAGGGUACUCAGUGUCAGUACUUGGUGAGAGACUACGGGUUUGUCCAUUUAUCGGCUGGGGAUCUUCUUAGGGCCGAGCAAAACCGUGAAGGCUCAGAGUUUGGCGAGUUGAUCAAGACGUGUAUCCGCGAGGGAAAGAUUGUAUGUUCCUGUCGGUCUGAUCAGUGGGGCCAGUAGGGAGUCGAUGUACAGUUACUAACUAACUCUUUUAGGUCCCUAUGGAAGUUACCGUUGCCCUCCUCGAGAACGCUAUGAGAGAGGCUAUUGUGGCCCAGCAGAAGACUAUGUUCUUGAUUGAUGGUUCGUCUUCAAUUGGUCGGACGAUGGAUUGAUUUAAUCUGGGUGAUUUUAGGCUUCCCCCGUCAGAUGGACCAGGCCCUUAAGUUUGAAGAGGAAGUGACUGAAUCUAGGUUUACCCUCUUUUUCGAGUGCCCGGAGGAUGCUAUGCUGCAGCGCCUUCUCAAGCGUGGCGAGACUAGUGGACGUAUUGACGACAACAUUGAGAGUAUUAAGAAACGCUUUCAUACCUUUGAGGUUACCAGCAUGCCCGUCGUAGACUACUACGAUAAAAAGGGUAAAAUUGUGAGAAUCGACGCAUCGUCCACCCGGGAGGGGGUGUACUCGCAAGUUCAGAAGCAGCUCGUCGUACGCAGGAUCCCACCGCGUGUAUCUGCAUAAAUACUGACCUUCCGGCAGGAUAAACUUAAAGCAUAGAUGCCUUAUUAGAUUCUGCCGAAUGAUACUGUGCUUCCUUGUGCGCGCUGUCAACUAGAUACGCUGUGUUUCUCUUUCCAUUUGUCAAUUCACACACAAGUGGUUGUGAUGGGACAUCUCGCUUCUCCUUUGAUAUAUUAGUAAUUGGGGUGUUUGUUUGCUCUAUGUUCUUCAGCUACGGAUAUUCAUGUUAUUAUUGGUUUAGCGGUUUAGUUUUGGUGGAAGGGGUGGGUGCUGGAGGAGAUAACUAUAGAGCUGCUUUUCUCGGGUAUUAGAGGGAUAUACUGAGCUUGGAAGCCGGAAUGCUAUAUAGUGUAUGGUAGCAGUAUACGCAGCAUAAUCGCGAAGAA